UGACACCUUGCUGCCUGACGGUCUCGGAGAAACAAUAACACGAGGUGAUCACCUGCUGGCUGUAAGGCAUAAACAUCAGGCAGCAACUUCCCUGGACAGCUCGCCGAGCUGGCCGCAAGUCAAUCCAGAUAUACUCUCCACAUCAUCGCAUCCUUGAAUCAACUCCGACCCAUCUACAACGCGGCGAUCAAACCCUCUUUUCUGAUUGAAAGAUUUGAUCGAUCUGCCCAUCCAACUCGAUACAUCCCUCGGUUCGCCGUCCCAUCCACGAUGAACGGCGCCAGUGAUCCAGAGCGUGACCAGGCGCUCGAUGAUUACAAGAGGAGUCUGAUGGACUUGAGAGAAUGGGAGGCAAAGCUCAAGUCGCUCCGCAUGGGCAUCAAGGAUUUGCAAAGAGAAUUUGAUAUCUCUGAAGAAAACAUCAAGGCCCUGCAAAGUGUUGGCCAGAUCAUCGGCGAGGUGUUGAAGCAGUUGGACGAAGAGAGAUUCAUCGUCAAGGCAUCAUCCGGACCUCGAUACGUUGUUGGCUGCCGCUCCAAGGUCGACAAGGCGAAGAUGAAGCAGGGAACCCGUGUUGCCCUCGAUAUGACGACUCUGACGAUCAUGCGCAUGCUUCCCCGUGAAGUCGACCCGCUGGUGUAUAAUAUGUCUCUGGAGGAUCCUGGGCAGGUCAGCUUUGCAGGAAUUGGUGGUCUGAACGAGCAGAUCCGAGAGUUGCGAGAAGUGAUCGAGUUGCCGCUGAAGAACCCGGAGCUUUUCCAUCGGGUCGGUAUCAAACCGCCCAAGGGUGUGUUGCUUUACGGACCUCCCGGUACCGGAAAGACAUUGCUGGCACGAGCGGUAGCAAGCUCCAUCGAAACCAACUUCUUGAAGGUGGUUUCGUCCGCGAUUGUCGACAAGUACAUUGGCGAGUCCGCCCGGUUAAUAAGAGAGAUGUUCGGCUACGCCAAGGAGCACGAGCCCUGCAUUAUCUUCAUGGAUGAAAUCGACGCCAUCGGUGGGAGACGUUUCUCGGAAGGAACCUCUGCUGAUCGAGAGAUCCAGCGUACACUGAUGGAGCUUCUCAACCAACUGGACGGCUUCGACUACCUGGGCAAGACGAAGAUUAUCAUGGCUACGAAUCGGCCUGACACACUGGACCCGGCCCUGCUGCGUGCCGGACGUCUGGACCGCAAGAUUGAGAUCCCUCUGCCUAAUGAGGUCGGUCGUCUUGAGAUCUUGAAGAUCCAUACCAGCACAGUCGUAUUAGACGGGGAGAUCGACUUUGAGAGCGUGGUCAAGAUGAGUGACGGCCUCAACGGAGCUGAUCUCCGUAACGUUGUUACUGAGGCUGGCCUCUUUGCGAUCAAGGAUUACCGAGAUUCUAUCAACCAGGACGACUUCAACCGGGCGGUGCGCAAGGUGGCGGAGUCGAAGAAGUUGGAAGGCAAACUCGAAUACCAGAAGCUUUAGAUGAGUGCGAUGUUGUUGGUGGAUAAUCAUUGAGAUUUAGCAAUUUCAACCUCUGCUUUGAGGCGACCUUAAGAAUGAUUCAAGUCAACUAUACGUAGA